AUGGUAAAAGAUGAACAGUCAAGAAAUAUCAGUCAACCUCCAAGAAUAUCACCAAGUGUAUCAGCUGUAUCUUUAACCACACUUCCAACACUACCAACUACUAUGUUUCAAACGACGCCAGGGGUUUUAUCUCGACGACUUAUUGAUCUUAAUGCUAUUGAUAUUACAUCUGUGAAGGGUCAAUUUGCAUGGGAAAAAUUACCACAAAGUGAUGCCUGUAUGCCUGUGAUUUUUCGUGGUGAAACAAAGUAUUUUUGUGUCCGAAUGCUUCGAAAACUAUUACCUGAUUAUCCUGAAGAUUUUAUUCGUCGUGCAUAUCAAUAUCAAUAUAGAAAACCAAUUGAUUUAUAUUCUGUAACGGCAUCUGAAGCUGAACUAUUAAAUAGAAUUAAUACUCAUCAUGCACGAUGGACCUAUGCUCGACAAUUAUUUAAUGCACUCGAUGAACUAGUCCGUGUUUCGGAUUUUCUACCGUUAUACGAACAUCUUCGCCAUAGUUAUAAAGUCGGUACAAUUAUAUCGAAUUCUACAGCGCAUACAUUACGUCAGUUAUUACCACCACCACCACUACAACAACAACAACAACAACAACCACAUUCAACAGUACAACGUUCAUCCGAUUAUAUGACUAAUAUGCCCAUUAUUUUACGUGGACAAUCGACUAUACCACAAGAUUUACCUAUUCAGAUACAACCCUAUCGUCCUUCAACAGACUUUUCUCGUGAAAAUACUUCACGACCUAUAGCACCAGUGCCUAAUGUUCCACGUCCUCCACGACCAUCGAAAUCAAUAGGAAAUCCAUAUGCUAUUUUACCUAUACGACCAUCACAACAAUAUCCGACACCUCCACAACAGCCAUUGAUACCAACUGUGUCAAGUAGUAUCAUUCAUUCCAAAAAUGCAGCGCCUUUAAACAUGACUCCGGUAUCACUAACAUCAGCAACAAAUAGUCCUUCGUCUUCUUUAUCUCCAACUGUUUCGUCGUCGACUAACGAUACUCAAUCGUCUACAUCACCACCCGUAACUCUUUCAUCUGCAGCAAGAAUCAAUCGAAAAGCAUCUUCAUCACAAUCGACACCAACAACAACUGUAUCGUCAAAGGCAUGUCCUCUUCAUUGUGGUUGGCUACAAAUCAAUAAACUCUAUACACCAUAUGUAUCUACAAGUACAACGAAUCAUCAUUUAUAUAAAAUUCCUGUUAGUCUAAUAUCAUUUUAUGAUCUACUAAAAAAUAUAAAAACCGACGGCAGCGAUGCAAAAGAUUCUUCGUCAUCUCUUGCACAAACAUCUAUUUCAUCUCAAGAAAUCGAAUUGAUCAAUGCUCUUUGUAUAAAACAAAGUAUAAAACCAUUUGCUGUCGAUACCACAAUGAUAACAUUAGCAACAUUUUACGAACAUUGCUCAGCAAAUAUUCUUUUCGUUAAAGAAUUACCAAGUACUGAACCAAAAGCAUCGAUUUGCAAAGAAUGGUCAUCAAUCGUACAAAUAAAUGGUGGCAUUUGUCGGCUGCGUAAUAUCACAACGUUAAAUGAACAAACUGUUCCAUUUAUUGGAAAUAAUCUAUUGAAAAAUUUCAUGUUAUCGUCACAAUGUUUAUCAACAGCAUCGUUAACAAAACCAACAUCUUCUGAAAUUGAAUUUCUACAAUUAAUACUCUUUUUUAGUAACAUAUCAAUUAAUCUAUGCAAUGCACAACUAGUUGAUAUUGAAUCUGUACAGAAAGAAUAUAAUGUAGAUUUGAUACUUUUAUUUAAUGAUAAGUUUCCAUUAAAUGUACUCAACUAUCAACAGCAGGGUAAUCGAUCAAAUACAUCAGAAGGAACCGGUACAUCCACAAAUUCAGCAACAAAUACGAUUGCUGAAUCAACGCCUCCACCAUCACCCCCAUCGCCUCCAACUGCUCAAUCGCAAACAAAUAGUACGUCUCAAUUAUCAUUAACAUCCUCGACUAAUCGAUAUUAUAAAACAAUUCAAUUUCAUGGCCAUGAAUUAACAGCAUAUAUUUGUUCCGGUCUCGGAACGAAUUCUCAACGUGAAUGUGUGUCAGUAAAAUCUCUAUGCAAUAUUCUCUAUCCGAAUUCACCAUUGUUGGAGAAACUCGAAGUGAAAAUGAUUCGUCUAUUACGAUUGAAGAAUGUCAAUCGAUUUCGACCACAAAAUCAACAAUCAAUUGGUUUUACACGUUUAAUUGAUAUAAAAGAUGCUGAAAAACAUUGGACUUCGCUUGAAAAAGAAAUGCGUUCAAUAUUUCCUAAUACUGAAGAAAUUCAUAGUCGAACAAGUAUUUCAUCGGUGUCAAACGAAAGUUCAAAAGCAAGUACAGCGGAGAGAAUCGAGAAAGAUGCUCCACCGUCAGUCGAAGUUAGCAAAGGUGAGAAGCGAUCAAUCGAUGAGCCACUCGAAGAAGAAGAUACACCGAUAUCGGAACGAAUUAAUAAACGAAUACGAAUUACCGAAAAAGAAAAUGAUGAACGGCUGUCUGAAAUACCCAACAACAAAUCGUCUCCUUUACAAAUUGAUAAAACAAGCGAUGCCAAUCAAGCAACUGAUAAAAAACGAAAAUUACCCUCAAAUCGAACAAAUAAAGAAUCAAAAGCAGCAUGGAUCAGAAAGUAUGAUAUUGAAGGUUGUUGUAUUCAAUUGAAUAAGUCUGACGUAAUGUAUGCUAUUGGGAGAGAUUAA